AUGGCCGACAAGCUUGAAGAAGGACAGAAAGUCUCAUGGAAGUGGGGCGGCGGACAUCCUUCGGGGAAAGUAGACGAGAUAGUGGAAGAGGGCAAGGCGCAAGUGACGAGCAACAAGGGGAACACGGUCUCAAGGAACGCGCGAGACGGCGAUCCUGCGGUGAAAAUCAAACGGGACGGGAACGAUGCUGUCAAGCUUGCGCACGAGCUGGACCAGGUGAAGGAGGCGUCGUAA